GUACUUUAGUUAAGCUUUAAACAUGCUUGUAUUUUGUAUGAAAGAAGAAUCCAGAAAUUAACUGCGCAAUUAUCUUCGGCCGUCAACCAUACCCUUCUUCAAACCAGUCAUUCUUGGAGAUUGUUUCUUCUUCACACUAGAAAAAAAAAAAAAGAGAGAGAGAAAACGUGGAAGUUUUAGUAGAAAAUAGUUGGCUAGAUAGAGCAAUGGGUUCCCUAAAAAUCAAAGCGAUUCUUUGUAUGCAAUUGAUAUCUCUGUUAAUUGGAGUUUUCAGUGUUAUUGGGAUAAAGGGUAGUUGGGAUAUGGAAGAAGGAAUGCUACGAAAGCGAAGCGGAAACCAGAGAGAGUUCGAUUAUUUCAAGUUAUGUUUCUUAUGGCCUGGCACUGCUUGCCAACAUACCACCAAAUGUUGUUCCUCCAAUCCCUGUUGCCGCUCAAACUCACCAUCUGUAUUCACGAUUCAUGGACUUUGGCCUGAUUACAAUGAUGGAACUUGGCCUGCAUGCUGUUCGGGUUCCAAAUUUGAUAAGAAAGAGAUUUCAACAUUGCUCAAGCCUUUAAGGAAGUACUGGCCUUCUUUUAGCUGCGACUCCUCCUCAACCUGCCAUCAUGAAAGAGGAACAUUUUGGGCUCAUGAGUGGGAAAAACACGGGACAUGUUCUUAUCCAGUUGUUCAUGACGAGUAUGAGUACUUCCUCACGACUUUGAAUGUUUACUUCAAAUAUAACGUCACUGGAGUUCUGUUUGAAGCCGGGUAUGUACCGUCAAAUUCGGAGAAAUAUCCACUGGGAGGCAUCAUUUCGGCCAUUCAAAAUGCCUUUCAUGCAACUCCAGAGGUGAUAUGCUCAGGCGAUGCGGUGGAGGAACUUAGAAUAUGCUUCUAUAAGGAUUUCCAGCCCCGUGAUUGUGCAAGUGGAUCUAUAAUUAAAAGUGGCGGAGCCUCUUCAGGGUUAUGUCCUCGGUAUGUCAGCUUGCCAGCAUAUGGAUCAUCGGGUAACAAACAAGUCGCUGGGAUCAGUUUCAAGCUUUGCUUUGCAGUUCACUUACUAAUGAUUUUUGCAUUCAUCUGAGAAGGUAGUUACUUGAAAGUGUCUUGACUUUUGUCCUUUGGUUUCACAGGGCUUAACAACCAUGAAACGUCAGAUCUUUUAUCUGAGUGAUAAUCUUACAGCAGUUUCAUGGCCUAAGCGAUGGUCUGAUCUGAUCAGGUAAAUUUGACAAGGAUUGGAAGAUCAGACCCUUAUUGCUCUGCAAAGAAGUUUAAGGCACUACAAGUUUCAGCUUGCUAUUUAUAACCGGUCUUGUAAAGAUUAUUAUGAGAUGAUGUUGAUGUACUUUACUGGUCUUAUCGAAAUAGCAUCUCAACAAGGAUUGUUUAAUUUGUGGUGCAUAAAGAUACAUACUAUUGGUGACUUUGCCAAUUUCCACCCGUACCACCUAAUAUUCUGCAGAAUGAAUCCUGCGUUUGGCUUUGUUGUAUGGUUCCUUUCUGUGAAAGCUAGUGCUUGGAGGAAGAGUUGUUUUGUUAUUUUAAACAGAAAUGUUUGUUCUUAUUUUGAUUAGCAUAUGAUAAUGUGAAACGCUUGGAGAUA